UUCCUCCUCUCCUCUCUCCCUCCAUUAUUGUCAUCUGCCACACGGCCACACCCACCACCACCAUGGAAAAGCUGCUCACCGUAGUGUGUGUUUCAAGCCUACUUCUAGCCACUCUCGCGGACGAUGCCUCCUCCAGAUCUUCUCUUCAGCACCCAUCCCUGGACAGCCUACACGACCGUGUUCUAGGUCGCAAAGGCAGAGAAGAAGCAGCAUACCACCAUUACCGGCGUGAAGACGAGCACGAGGAGCAGCAUGAGGUUGUGCCUAUGGAAGCCAUGGGUGCCGAAGAGAGGAAGAAGGGAAGUUGGAGGAAGGAGGACGAGGAGGAGGACCCGGUGGCGACGGAAGGGCUGAUCUCCAGCGCGGACUACAGCGGCGUGGCCAUGCACGGCCACAGCUCCCCGCCGGCGCACAAAAACAAAAAGCACCCCAAGCCAUAGGCCUCCGGCUGUUCAUUUCGUGUGUGAUCUUGCCCAGUUCAAUCAAUGUCCUGUUCUUUGUGCCUUUAGCAAGCAGUAGUCAAGUUUUAUGGAAUUGGUGCAUCCUGAGUUACUGACAGUCUCUGUAAAAGAUGCCAAGCCAACGAUUUGAGGUGGAUCUUCGUUACAAGAAAAAUCGAGAUGCA